UUACUUCUUUUUCUUAAUUUUAUCUCUGCAGAGAUGUUGGAGUCUAACAAUCUUGUGACAUUUGAGGGCAUCACUAACAGCACAGCUUACCACACUUUCCUGUUGGAUGAGGAGAAAGGAAGAUUGCUGGUGGGAGCCAAGGAUCACAUUUUCUCUUUUAACCUCCUCAACAUCAGCAAAGACAACGCAAGGAUUCCUUGGCCAGCUUCACCCACCAGAAAAGAUGAAUGCAAGUGGGCAGGAAAAGACGUACCGAGAGAGUGUGCAAAUUUCAUAAAGGUGUUGCUGCCGUUCAACCACACCCAUGUUUAUGUGUGUGGGACAGGAGCCUUCCACCCAGUCUGUUCCUACCUGGAGGUGGGCAGAAAACCAGAGGAUGGUGUGUUCAGACUCGAGCCACAUGUCGAGAACGGCAGAGGGAAGAGUCCCUAUGACCCCAAGCUGCUCACCGCUUCAAUGCUAAUUGAUGGGGAGCUUUACGCUGGAACAUCAGCUGACUUCAUGGGGCGGGACUUUGCCAUAUUUCGCACUCUUGGCAAACAUCAUCCAAUCAGGACGGAACAACAUGACUCCCGGUGGUUGAACGAGCCUAGAUUUUUGGGUGUCCAUCUCAUCCCAGAAAAUGACAACCCAGAGGAUGACAAAAUCUACCUGUUCUUCCGGGAGAACGCGAUGGAAGGAGAACAUGCCGGAAAGGCCACAUAUGCUCGCAUUGGACAGCUCUGCAAAAAUGACUUAGGAGGUCACAGGAGCCUGGUCAAUAAAUGGACUACUUUCUUGAAAGCUCGACUUAUUUGUUCCGUGCCAGGGAGUAACGGAAUAGACACCCACUUUGAUGAACUACAGGAUGUUUUUCUCGUGAGCACAAAGGAUCCCAAGAGCCCAAUCAUCUAUGGAGUGUUUACCACUUCCAGCAACAUUUUUAAAGGUUCCGCAGUUUGUAUGUACAGCAUGACGGACAUCAGGAGAGCUUUCCUGGGGCCAUAUGCUCAUAGAGAUGGACCCAGUUACCAGUGGGUGCCCUUCCAGGGCCGUGUUCCUUACCCCCGGCCUGGCACAUGCCCAAGCAAGACGUUUGGUGGUUUUGAUACAACCAAAGACCUUCCAGAUGAAGUCGUCACAUUUGCCAGAAGUCAUCCAGCCAUGUUUAACCCUAUCUAUCCAAUCAACAAUCGACCAAUCAUUGUCAAAACAGAUGUGGACUACCAGUUCACCCAAAUAGUUGUUGAUAAAGUAGAAGCUGAAGAUGGCCUAUAUGAUGUUAUGUUCAUAGGCACAGAUAUGGGAACUAUUCUGAAAGUCGUAUCGAUCCCCAGAGGCUCCUGGCAUGAUUUGGAGGAAGUUCUGUUAGAAGAAAUGACUGUCUUCAGAGAACCAGUGGCCAUUAAAGCCAUGGAACUUUCGACUAAACAGCAACAACUUUAUCUUGGGUCAGACAUCGGUGUGUCUCAGAUGCCCUUGCAUCGAUGUGAAGUUUAUGGGAAGGCUUGUGCUGAAUGCUGCCUGGCAAGAGACCCAUACUGUGCAUGGGAUGGCACAGAGUGCUCCAGAUACUUUCCAAUGGCUAAAAGGAGAACGAGAAGGCAAGAUAUCAGGAACGGAGACCCACUCACUCAGUGUUCAGAUUUGCAGCACCAUGAUGAACUAAGUGGAAAGGCAACCCUGCAGGAUAAAACUGUGUACGGUGUGGAGAACAGCAGCACUUUCCUUGAAUGCAGCCCUAAGUCCCAGAGAGCCACAACACAUUGGCAGUACCAGCCUUCCACAGAGGAACGAACACAAGAGAUAAGAUCAGAGGAGCGCUUUAUCCACACAGACCAGGGUCUUCUCAUUCGGAUUCUUUACAAGGAGGAUUCUGGCAUUUAUCUGUGCCAGGCAGUGGAGCACGGCUUCAUGCAGACGGUUCUAAAAGUUAACCUCGAAGUCAUUGAUGCAGAGCGGCUGCAGGAUCUUUUACACCGUAAUGAAGAUGCAGCGACCAGUGGCAACGCCCAGAAAUUUUCCUCCUCUAGAGAGUCUCCGAAUCAAAAGCUUUGGUACAGAGACUUCCUGUCUUUAGUUAAUCACCCGACUCUGAACAGUGUGGACGACUUCUGUGACCAGGUUUGGAAGCGUGAGAGGAAGCACAAGCGGCAAAAAGCUCACCUGGUGCAGCAGGUGCAAACACAGCCGCAGCAGAAGGCUGCGGCGAACCCUCACAACAGCAUGCACGUGCAAGGAAUGGCAUCCAAGUGGAAGCACCUGCAAGAAAGGCAGAAGGGCCGCAACCGUAGAACCCACGAGUUGGAGAGGGCCCCCCGCAGUGUCUGAACUGUAAUCCUUGACUUUUACUGCUGAGGCUUCAGACCACGCCCACAUCUCAUUCUGUACACCUCAUAAACUUACCAUUUUGUUCUCCUUCAUUAUGUGAAACAGAUAUUGUCAAAGACGGAACUGAAAAGUAAAACAAACAACAACAAAAAAAGAUAGAAAAUGCUGCUCUGAACUGAACUGGCAGCUGGUGUGUUCUGUGCGUGGGCAGCCAUGUUUACAGUACCACAGCACAGAGGACCGCAGGAAAAAGGAUGUUGUCAAAUCAUCCAAGACCAUUGAAGCAUAUUAUCUCAGCUGGCCUCUGACCUAAACUGUGCAGAGGGACAAGGUCAGCCAGUGUAAGAAAUGGAUACAAAUACACACCAUGUUUGACUGACACAUUUGGCAAUGUUUGGCAUUGUUUCAUGGUAUUGUAGUUAGAAGUUUUUUUUAGUGUGCGGAUAAGCACAAACCUAUAAUAGCUGAUCAUUUCUUUUCUAUUCCACAGGGAAAAAAAAUGAUAAUAGGUGAAAUAAUACUAGGGCAGGCUGCAGAAUAAACUGGAAUCUGGUACAGGAAAAGCAAUGAGAAAAUAAGUAGAUCAUUUGAGGUAAUGGAAAUUAGGGAAUCUAUUUAUAUGAAAGUGAAAAUGCCCAAAAACUGCAAGAAAUUUAUAGGAGCAGUCAUCAUUUGUUAAAAAAAACAAAACAAUGAAAAAAAACCCAUAAUCACAUAGUUAGGUUGUGUAAAUAAUUUAUUCUAUCAUAUCUCCUUACAAGAAAGGGAAUACCAAUAGUUUUCAUUUGUCUAGUUGGUUCAUGUUUGCCCAAAUUAAAGUUUAUUUAAGAGAAAGUUUGUUAAAUAUUCAUCAGCAGGGAGAUUUUUUAUACUUGUGUGUGUGUGUGUGUGUGUGUGUGUGUGUGUGUGUGUGUGUGUGUAUCCAUGCCCUAUAUAAGCUUCUCAAACAAUCUUAAUAUUACUUUUUUGUGAAACUCUCUGGUCUUAAUAUUUAGAAAAUUGCCUUGUCUCUGUUUCCAAAAUGUCAAGUCUGAGUUCUUCCAUGUUUAUUUAAUAAUACUUUCCAUUGGCUUUCUUUCCAUGACUUGUUUAUUUAUUCAUAAACAGUUCUGUGCAUUGCAAUUUUUUAUAAAUAAUGUGCAGAUGCUUUUUUUUGUUUGUUUUCCUAAAGUUUAUAUUUCACAGGACCAAUCUGGUUAAACAAUAACUGCAAUUACAAAUGGAUAAUUGCUAAUUCUAAACCACAUGCAAUGAAAAGCACAGAGCAUUAACCCCUUUCCAUAUGGUACUGUACUUCCUACGUAUGUGCGUAUUUUUCACAAACAGUGAAGUGUAACACCUUCAUUUCACUGCAUGCAAUGUAAAAAUCAACUACUACUUUUUACCAACUAUUAAAAGCUAAACUGUGCACAAGCAAACAAAUCUGGAAUGUAGCUGUGAACUUCCUGUAACGACAGAUACAACACUAUCGGCUAGUGCAUGUGAAUACUGGUGUGGUGUUCUUGUUUUGCUUUGAUAUAGUCUGAUGUUGGCACUGUUAAGCCGUUGCUUGCUUACGCAGUACACAAUAGUAGCAACUUCAACAAUGUAAAUAAUGUUUAUGUUAAAACUCCAAAGCAGUAUAAACAGGAACUCAACAACAACAAAAAAUAAAAAUAAAAAAAUCUCUUUUUGGAUCUUGCUUUCUACAUACCAUUCAACAACAAUGGACAAUGAACAGUUGCAACACAUCAGUGAGUCAGAAGACUGUAAACGGGUGUUUGCAAAGCUUCAUCUGCCAGUGGAAGCCACGCUGGAGGAAGAGGAGGAGCAGCUGGAGCCGGCCUCGGGAGAUUCUAGUCUAAUGAGACAAGCCGAUCACCAGAGUGGUGUGUGUGUGUGUGUGUGUGUGUGUGUGUGUGUGUGUGUGUGUGUGUGUGNGUGUGUGUGUGUGUGUGUGUGUGUGUGUGUGUGUGCGUGUGUGCGUGCGUGCGUGUGUGUGUGAUAAGACUAUCUUCAUGAAGAGGAAAAUGUAGGAGGCCUGUCUCACAAAUGGUGGGAGUGAGGAAAUGAAGUGCUGCUGUUGCUGCGUUUUGGCAUGACAAUAUUAAUGGUGAUGUAUUCUACUGAUGUUAUAAAUGUCUCAUCAUGACGUGCUGGUUUCAAUAAAUCUGUUUUUCAUAGCUAA